AGCCCUACUGCGCUCCUUCCUCCGAGCAUUGCUUACGUGCGACUAUUCUGUCUUCGGACAGUGGAAACAGGAAAAGCUAGAAAGAAGGAAGAAGGAAGAAGAAAGAGAGAUGGCGAGCAACGGCAGCAACUUAUCUCCUAAACCCAACCUGAAAAAAGCCAAUCUGAUGGAUCCGCAUUCCAUCAAACACCUUCUCGACGAAUCCGUCUCCGAGAUCGUCACCGGCCGAGGAUACACUGAAGACGUGCGUCUGAGCAACAUCAGAUUGCUUGUGGGAACGGUCAUCAUUGCCAUUGCUCUCGUCGUGCAGUUCCACCGUAAGAAGUUCCCGGAAAACAAACAUUUCCUCAUCGGAUGCAUCGCAUUGUAUAUCGUCUUCAACAGAUUGUUGCAGUUGAUCAUCUACAAAAAGGAGAAGAAUGCGAUCCUUUUCACUUAUCCUCUUCCAGGAUCAUUCAACAGCACUGGACUGGUAGUAUCUUUCAAGCUGCCAAGAUUCUCUGACUUGUAUACACUGGCUGUUGCCAGUGCAGAUCCAAAAUCUGUUUCUGCCAACAAAGCAGUCCAUUUCACAAAGAGUGUUACCAAGUGGUUUACUCAUGAUGGGAUUCUGGUGGAAGGUUUGUUCUGGAAGGAUGUUAGCAAACUGAUUGAUGAUUAUAGUGGAGAUUCUCGAAAGAAUAAAUGAACUCAAACAGGACGAAUAGAUAUGACACGACAGGUCUAUGUGACCUUAUGAAUAGGUUAGAUGGCAAUUAACCAUCACGGUGGCCCCUGGGAAGGUUUCAACGGUGAGUCUCAUUAUCACUGCUUCUUCCUGUGGUGUGGUCUACUAGACCCUUGGAUCUGCCUCAUUUUUGGGCUUGCAGCCUAAAAUGAUAUGGCAAAAUGGAUGGACUAUGGAUAAAACCCAUACAUCAUGGUGGCCUGGGUCAAGAUAAGAUUGUUGAUUUUGAGAUAAAGCUCAUGGACAUUGACAAUGAGCAUCUUGGAAUUCCAGAAGCAGAGUAUCAUGCCAUUGUAAAGAUGCCAUCAGAUGCUUGAUGGCCAUAAAAACCAUGGUGAAGUUGGAUAAAGCACUGGUAGAACCAGGUGGUGGGUCUUGCCUCUGCGGCAAUGCAAUGGUGUAGGUGAUGUGUGGGUGUUGCAAUGUCAACGUGGUGGAUGGGGUCUGGCCUUGGUGAAGUUGUUAUUGUUAUUAUUUUUAUUUGACGUGUUCUUGUAAGUGAUUUAACACAUGAAAUGAAGUGGGUUGAUGGGCAUGCAUUACGCCACAUGAACGGCCGUGGAAUGGAAUAAAGCCAUUUCUCAGUAGUGGUCCAAUAUAGGCCCCGGCUGGCCUUUUUA